CAUCGGGGGCUUGGAUGACAACACGUGCUUCAGCGACGUGGAGCGCUACGACAUCGACUCGGAUCGCUGGAGCACUGUGGCCUCCAUGAACACUCCCCGGGGAGGUGUCGGCUCUGUAGCCCUGGUGAACCAUGUUUAUGCUGUGGGUGGCAAUGAUGGUGUAGCAUCUCUUUCCAGUGUGGAGAAAUACGAUCCUCACUUGGAUAAGUGGAUAGAAGUGAAAGAAAUGGGUCAGCGAAGGGCUGGGAACGGUGUCAGUGAGCUCCACGGCUGCUUGUAUGUUGUGGGUGGCUUUGAUGACAACUCACCCCUGAGCUCGGUGGAGCGGUUUGACCCACGCUGUAACAAAUGGGAAUAUGUGGCAGAGCUCACAACUCCAAGGGGUGGUGUUGGCAUAGCGACACUGAUGGGAAAAAUUUUUGCAGUUGGAGGUCAUAAUGGCAACGUGUACCUGAAUACAGUAGAAGCAUUUGAUCCCAUAGUGAACAGGUGGGAACUCGUGGGCUCUGUGUCACACUGCAGGGCUGGGGCAGGCGUGGCCGUGUGCUCCUGUCUCAGCAGCCAGAUCCGG